AGCUCCUCCCUAUGUGACGUGACUACGCUUUGUGUUUCUUUGUAAUUUCAGAAAUCUGUAAGUUUAGUUACUUGUCUGAGUGGUUUCUUGUGUCUGGUUCGUUGAGUAAAUUGAUCAUGACUACCCUAAGCUCAGGAAGAAAGCGGAUUUUAAAAGAUGAAGAUAUGACCAAGGUAGAAUUCGAGACGAGUGAAGAGGUGGAUGUUACUCCAACUUUUGAUAAUAUGGGCCUGCGGGAGGAUCUGCUCCGCGGCAUUUAUGCAUAUGGAUUUGAAAAGCCAUCAGCUAUUCAACAGAGAGCAAUCAAACAAAUAAUUAAAGGACGGGAUGUGAUUGCACAGUCACAGUCUGGUACAGGCAAAACAGCGACCUUUUGUGUUUCGGUUUUGCAGUGUUUGGAUAUUCAGGUUCGAGAAACUCAAGCUUUAAUCUUGGCCCCAACUAGAGAACUUGCUGGUCAGAUUCAAAAGGUGUUGCUUGCUCUUGGGGACUACAUGAAUGUUCAGUGCCAUGCCUGCAUUGGGGGAACAAAUGUUGGAGAAGACAUUAGAAAACUUGAUUAUGGACAGCAUGUUGUUGCAGGCACCCCAGGACGAGUAUUUGGUAGGUUCCAUAUUUCAUAUUACCAUCAUUUAUUUAUCUCAAUUCCAUUGUGCACUCUCACACCUCAUGCUUGCUGUGAAAUUGCUUUUGGCUGGUUCAAGGAACAAAUCUAUGAUGUGUACAGAUAUCUACCUCCUGCCACACAGGUAGUUUUGAUCAGUGCUACAUUACCACAUGAAAUCUUGGAAAUGACCAACAAAUUCAUGACUGACCCAAUCCGGAUCCUGGUCAAACGUGAUGAAUUGACUCUGGAAGGAAUUAAACAGUUCUUUGUUGCGGUAGAAAGAGAGGAGUGGAAAUUCGAUACAUUGUGUGAUCUGUAUGAUACCCUCACUAUUACACAAGCAGUCAUUUUCUGCAAUACUAAGAGGAAGGUAGAUUGGUUGACGGAAAAGAUGAGGGAAGCCAACUUCACAGUCUCUUCAAUGCAUGGUGAUAUGCCUCAGAAGGAGAGAGAAGCGAUCAUGAAGGAGUUUCGAUCAGGUUCUAGCCGAGUGCUUAUUUCUACAGACGUUUGGGCCAGAGGAUUGGAUGUGCCUCAGGUUUCACUGAUAAUCAACUACGAUUUGCCAAAUAACAGAGAGUUGUAUAUUCACAGAAUUGGCAGAUCAGGGCGUUAUGGUCGGAAGGGUGUUGCAAUUAAUUUUGUGAAGAAUGAUGAUAUUCGUAUCCUUCGAGAUAUUGAACAGUACUAUUCAACACAGAUUGAUGAAAUGCCUAUGAAUGGUAAGGCCGUUCUUCCAAAAGAACUUAACAUUCAUAUUGAUUCUUCACUGCAUGCAAUUGUUUUAACUUUACAUUUGCCCAAGUUGUGUUAA